GGAAGAUGAGCAGCAGCAGGAGGAGGACGUGGAGAGCAUCCAGAUCCACCGCAGAGCUGCGCAGAUCCUCUCGAGAGGAGAUGAUCCACUCUCAGAGGAAAAUUAAUCACAGAAGAGGAGGAGGAUAUGCGCCUUACAGACAGAACAGAGGGUUUACUGAACUCAUAUCAGUGCACAAACUUGAGAUUUCUCCCCGUGUUUUGUCUUCCAGGUCAAACAGAGCUUCUCCUUUAAUGGGUGCGGAGUUUCUCUGAGUAUUUUUUGUAUUUCCCACCUUGUAGAAGCAUUUAAGGAUGCCGGAGGAUCAGGAGCAGGACUACAGAUUCAUUCCUGUGCAGAUGUCCAAUAAAAUGUCCCAGAGUGAGACCUCUGCUUUGAAGCAUCAAACCUGUUUUUUUAACAGUCGACGAGCUUUCCGUCGGGUUCCGUCUCUGUGGUUCUUUUCUCAGCGAAAAAAAAAAUACAAACCCAAACUCCAUCGAAAAUUAUAAAAUAAAACUGUCGUCAUAUUUUUACAUUUAUUUUUAUAGUCUGUUCUUUAUCAAACAUAAACACAUUUGCGUUCCUAUCUGGCUUGUUUCUGCCCGGAUGUUUUACGGAAAUGGACCGAAGCAAGAUGCCGGCUGAGGAAGAGCUGAAGGUACCUGCCGGAGGAGGAGGCGAUCAAGAGGCCAAGCUACAUGUGUUAAAAGGUGCAGCAUUUCUGACCACGGUGGCAUCCAUGGGAAUGAUUGUGGGAUUUGGUUCCACAUUGGCGCUCGCCAAGAAGAAAAGUCCAGAGUGGUUUAACAAGGGCAUCGCAGCGACGGCAGCAGCCCCGGAGAGUGGCGCGUCGCUGGCCUUCAGAGCUUUGGGGUGGGGCUCACUGUUCGCCUGGUGUGGAGUCGGCCUGCUCACUUUCACCAUGUGGAAAGUGCUCGGCGUUCACAGCGUAGCUCCCAGAGUUCAGACAGAAGAUGCAGUCCUUCUUCCCACCCAUCCCAAAGAGUGUCACAGCUGGAUCUAAACCUCUGGACUGGGACAAGGUCUUCAAGUCGAAGUGAAUCAAAUCAUCAGCAGCACGGUGUUUCUCACUCUGCAGCUGUUUGUGUUUUUCUGUGAAAGCAGCUGAGAGGCUGAACCUCUGGAUUCCACUUUGGUUCCAGCUUGGUGAAAAUGGAUCAGUAACUAUAAAAUGCACAGACUGAGCUCUGUUUGCAUUUUCUGGGUUUGAGCAGAUUUUGAUUAGUUUUGCCCACAAAGAAUGUUAUAAGCAGUAAAAAUAAAUAUAACGUAAACUGCUUUUCUCUGAAUGUGAUCCUCUGAUUUCAUUCUUUGUUUUCUGCUGCUGGUGUUUUUUAAAGCUGUGAGAUGAACAUAAAGGAUGCAGACCAUUUCUAAAAAUUACAUUGUGUUAAAGGAUCAAUAUCAGGAAUAAAAGACUGAGAAAAUGUCAAAUCAAGAAAAAAGUUCAGAGUUAAGAAAAACAAGUUAAAAUAUUGAGGAACUGAAUUCGUCAGUUAUUCGUGCACCUUUUACAACAAAUCAUUAUCUGAAUGUGUCCUUUGCACCUUUGUUUAUGCAUUGCUCUGCUGCCAGUAGACUCAUUUCUGUUUAAAGUACACAAGAUGUUGAGCUUCCCCUGUAAUGUCAGCAAGCUAACAUUAGCUUAGAGAUGGAGUUCACCAGUCACUGUCAUCAAACAAUCGGCUCCCAGCACAACAUGUACUCCACAAGGAUAAUAAUAAAAUAAAAAAAUUAAAAAAAAAAACAAAAAACAGUAGCACUGAUGUGAUUUCUCACAGGAUUUACAUGCAGAUGACAAAGAGCAAGCUAAGGUUAGCCAGCUACCUGUAACUUAGAUACACAGCAAAUCACAUUCAAGUCAACUUUGUUGUCAUUAUGCUGAUACUCCAGUACACAGUACAUAUGCUGCUCUCUGAACUGCUAUAAGAAAAUAUGAGUUAUGUGCAUAGUGGUG